CUACCGUCAUAUUAUUGCGUUCUGCUGUUGACAGCCUGUUUGUUGUGUGUCGAAGUCGAAUGUCGAUGUUUGCUUCUUCCGCAAAUUGCUGUUUGGUUCGAUUGAUGUCAAAACAAGUUAAUGGAAUAAAGUAGAUAUUUGAACGCCUCAAGUUCAAAAUUACAAUGCCAAGAGUCAAAGCUUCGCCGAAAAAAUGUGUGAAACCCACUAACCCACAAUCUUCCAACAAUUGGGUGUUUCUACUUAAAGGAGAGGCGUUUGAGGUGCCUGAGGGAUAUCAGGGCAGCGGGACACCAGAUGUUGUUCAGCUGAGGCACCCCCAAACUGGCGCUCCAGCCAUGUUCUUGUUCAGCCCCGGUGACAACUUGAUCCAGGAAAAAGUUUUGACAUUUUCGGAAAAUAAAAGAUCAUGGUUCAUUGAGGAUUCUGUAAAAUCUGACGGAAAGAUGCAUCUCUCUACUCCUGUGGAUCCAAUAUUUUUGGUUCUACCAUAUUUGAGAAAAUCCCAACAUGCCUGUCCUCUGGAUCAGAUUCUGAAGGAUGACGACUUUCCAGAAGCAGAAAGACUUCUCUCUUGUUCAGGACUGAAACAUUUGUCACAAGUCGCUGACAAAAAAGGUGAUGAGGAUCUCAACGCUUACAAGUACAACGAGGAGAAGACACUGACAUGGUUGGCGAGGAAGACUGAGCGAGUGUGUGAAGUCUUGAAGCAGAAAGGGAUCCACGUGUCAAGCAACAACGCAGUCUCCGCAACCUUCGUCAAGUCUAAUCAGGACUCUGCAG